UCUCGCGGACGCGCUCGAGCCAACACCACGCGACAGUGACUGACAAGAUGGCGAUCAUUUCAGAAACAGAGGAGUUACUGCGGUGAAGGAGAGGCUUGACAACACCACCAUGCCCUGGGAGGGUCUCACUUCUCAGUUCGCCAUGGUUACCAUGGUGAUAUGAAGCCGGCGUGAAGCGCUGACAAACAAAGACUCGCGCGCCAAAGGGUCAGUUUGACUGACACAGCCAGCCAGCCAGCUUGGCGGGCAGGCUUGUGUAAUGGACAGGUGUAAGCAUGUGGGGCGGCUGCGGCUGGCCCCAGACCACUCCAUUCUUAACCCCCAGAAGUGGCACUGCGUUGACUGCAACACCACCGAGUCCAUAUGGGGCUGCCUCGGCUGUGCCCACGUGGCGUGUGGCCGCUACAUCGAGGAGCAUGCUCUGCAGCACUUCCAGCAGCAGGGCCACCCACUGGCGAUGGAGGUUAAUGAACUUUACGUUUUUUGUUAUUUGUGUGACGACUAUGUUCUGAAUGAUAACGCCACCGGAGACCUCAAGUUGCUUCGCAGUACACUCAGCGCCAUCCAGAGCCAGCGCUAUGAGGUCACCACCCGCAGCGGGCGCACCCUACGCUCCGCUAGCGCCAGCGUGGAUGCCCUCAUGCCAUCCGGCGCUCGUGAGUUGCAGUUGAGGGACGAGGACCGAAUGUUUACCGCUCUUUGGCACCGCCGCAGAGCACUUAUGGGACGCAUCUUUCGCCUUUGGUUUGGCCUGACUGAAUGUGGAAAAAGGAGAGCGGAGGAAGAGAGGAGGAGGGAGGAGGAGGAGCAGCAAAGAAGGGAGGCUAGGGAGAGGAGGCGAGCUCUCAAGAGGCAGCUACAGGAGGAGCUGGAGAACGCUCCUCUCAGGAAGAGUCGUCGCCUGCGUCAGAAAAGCCAGAGAGUUGGGGAUCUGACGACCACAAUGCCGACUUCUCGCAGGGCACGCAACAAGAGGAAAACUCCAGCGCCCCCAUCCCUGAAACGCAGGCAACGGACUCGAAGCCCCGCCACUGUAACCCCCAAGAAAGCUGGACAAAAAAAAAAGGUCCAAGCAACCCCCAAAGCCCGCUGCCGUUCUUCAACUACCAAAUCUAAGCCCAAAGCCGCUUCAGCAACCCUGCAUACUGCCCAAACCCCUGUCUGCCGCAAGCAAGGCACCAAACAGGAUGGCUCGCCCUUCAAGCGGCGUCCUACAGUCACUCCUGGAGUGACGGGAUUAAGAAAUUUGGGAAACACUUGUUAUAUGAACUCCAUCCUGCAGGUGCUGAGUCACCUGCAUGUUUUCAGGGAGUGCUUCCUGCGUCUGGAUUUAACACAGGCGCUGGAGCUACUGGCAUCUGCCGUCCAUGGCCAACUGGCGGGGAAGGCCUCAUCGCAGCCCCCCCUGAUCCAAAGGAAGGGACUUCAGACCAGUUCAGGCUCUGGGGUGGGGCUGAGCGGCGGGGCGUCACGAGCCCGCAGCAUGGAGUUGAUACAACCCAAAGAGCCCAGCUCGAAACACAUCUCACUGUGCCAUGAGUUGCACACCUUGUUCCAGGUCAUGUGGUCUGGCAAGUGGGCGCUGGUAUCGCCUUUUGCCAUGCUGCACUCAGUGUGGCAGCUGAUCCCGGCGUUCAGGGGCUACGCUCAGCAGGACGCUCAGGAGUUCUUGUGCGAGCUGCUGGAUAAAGUGCAGCACGAGCUGGAGAGCACGGGCAAGCACACAACCAGUGCUGGGGUCCCGCAGACGCAGAAACGGCUCAUCAAGCAGGUGCUCAGCGUGGUCAACACCAUCUUUCACGGCCAGCUCCUCAGCCAGGUGACGUGCCUGGCCUGCGACCAUCGCUCCAACACUGUGGAGCCUUUCUGGGAUCUGUCGCUGGAGUUCCCGGAGCGAUAUCACAGUAAUAGCCGGGAGUCGGCUGCUCAGGCUUCAUGCCAUUUGACGGAAAUGCUGGCCAAGUUUACAGAGACCGAAGCUCUGGAGGGAAACAUCUACGCCUGUGACCAGUGUAACUCUGCCAGAAGACGGACCUCAUCCAAGCCAGUCAUCCUGACCGAAGCACAGAAGCAGCUGAUGGUCCACAAACUGCCUCAGGUCCUAAGGCUGCACCUCAAACGCUUCAGGUGGUCUGGGAGGAACCACCGGGAAAAGAUUGGAGUCCACGUCAGCUUCGACCAGCUCCUCAACAUGGAGCCCUACUGCUGCCGAGAGCCCUCACCCAAAGGCAUGCCCUACUCCAGUCCCAGCAGUCCCAGCAGUCCCAGCAGCCCCAGCGCCGCUGGCUCGCCCCGCCCUAAGCACUUCCUUUACGAGCUCUCGGCCGUGGUGAUGCAUCAUGGGAAGGGCUUUGGCUCCGGCCACUACACUGCCUACUGCUACAACACAGAAGGAGGCUUCUGGGUUCACUGUAAUGACUCUAAGCUGAACGUGUGCUCGGUGGAUGAGGUCUGCCGCGCUCAGGCCUACAUCCUCUUCUACACGCAGCGAGUAUCUCAGGACAGAGACCGGCCGCUAUAGGACUACACGCCUCUGUGAACCCUGCUGCCACCUCCCCAGCAGCCCGACUACUCAGCGAGGUGACAUCAGCACAGCCCCACCUAUCGGUCUUUCUCUUCCCUCUUUCUUUGGGCAUUUUGUAUCUGGGAGGUUGGGUCUUUUUAGUCUAUUUUUCUAUUAAAAAAACAAAACAAAACAAAAAGGAGGUGAGAGAGAAAGGACUCGUUUGUAAAGUUGGGUUCUGCUUUGUGAACUUGUUGUAUAUUGUGUUUAUAUGUAGGUAUUUUUUUUUUUUUUAAAGAUUAUGAUGUUUGUGAUUCAUGUACAGUUGUAUUUUAUAAAGAAGAGAGCGUCAGCCAAGGUGUGUCUGUGUCAAGCAGCCAGUAGACUUUGGUCAGGCAUGACUACAUACUCUACAGGUAUGUCUGCUUACCUGUGCGCGAGGCUUGUUGAUUGUAAAUGCUGUGUUUUGGGGUUUUUGUUUGUUUGUUUUGUUUUAUAAAUCAGCUGAAAUGUUUCUCAGUCACUUUAGAUAGUCAACACAGAACUGGAUGUAGGGUUAUAAACUGUCAUUCACUCAGUAGAAAUGGCCUCCGUGUGUCUGAGACAGGUAAACAUUUUCACAGGCGUUCGUCCUGAUUCCUUGCCAGAAAUGCACUAAUGUGUAUAGUGCAGGUUUUUAGUGUUGGUUGGUUGUUUAAAAAUCUGUACACGAGCAGUGUUUUUCACUCUGAGGCAGACCUCAAGCCAAAGUAUUUGCGGGAAGUGUUUGGAAAACCCUGCUUCUCCUAAACGGUUCAGUAUUUUAUGGAGUUUUUCUGUUUUUAUUCCCGCUUUUAAUGACAGCUACGAAUGAGUGUGACAGGGCCACAUUAAGAAGAAGGUUAGAUUUAGAAAAUAAUUUGGAGUGAUGUUGAAAUAUUAUUCUAGAAUUGUAGUUCGAAUUAUGAGAAUAAUUUCGCAAUACAAAAACAUUUGAGAAUAAAGUCUACAUUUUGAAAAACAUUGGAAUAGUUACAAGAAUAAAGUUGGAUUUGAGAAUAAUGCCAGAAUAUGAUUAAAGUAACUUAAAAAAAUUAAAUAUCAUUCUGAGAAUAAAGUCUGUAUUCUUUUGAAAGAAAGUCAAAAUUUUGAGGAGAUGAGACUAAAGUCAAAAUACUACUACUGAGACUACAAAAGAAAGCAUUCCUCUUUUAGUACACAAUUAUUGUGAUAUUAAAGGUGAGGAUUAUCUUUUCAGGGGGAAAAAAUAAAGUAAAAUUGAAUGAGGCCUACAGCUGUGUUCUACUCGAGAGCUCGGGCUGACGUUGCUGUGAAUGAAUUUUUAACACUUCAGAAAUUGUCUGUGAUCUCCAACUGUCACUACUCCACAGACUGGAGAGUAUAUUUCAAGAUUCUGACUUUAUUCCUAAAAUCUCAGCUUUAUUUUCAGCAUGCUAAGUUGUAAAUCUACAUUUUCUUACUUAAUGUGAUUUUUGGUUUUCUAUUUUAUUUGGCUCAGUGCUGCCCCCUGUCUGCCUCAGAAUGUAACUGCAUAACCGUAAACCAUCCCUGACUAGGCAGGUAACUGCUGUACUUGAAAAGUGCCCUUUUUAACAAAAUAAUCUAUUUUUAUAGUUCAUAUCAAUUCAGCAAAGUGGGACUCCCACACAGACCAGCAUUUAGAUUAUGAAUGUACUUUUUAUACAAUUCUUCUCAGAGAUUUUACAAAGGAGGCCAUCGACUGUUUUAAACGUUUUAUACAACCACUUUGUUCCGAUUGUUGAAAACCACCAGCAGUUAACAGAUUUCACUGUUCAAUUAUCUUCCCUCUGAGCAGAGGGGAGUCGAAGCACACUUUGUUUGGGGUUUUUUUUUUCCACUGUCUGCAGUUCUGUUAUUUGUUGGCAUUUUGGUUACUGCUCCAUGGAUGCGCCGUGUGUAAAUUGAUGGAAGUUAUACUAUGCAAAUUAUUACCUCAAUUUUUUGUUUUUUCUAGAAAAAAAAUUACCUCAAUAAAUGAGAAUAUUUUUUCAUUUUUCUACAAAAGAUGCCCGUCUGUGCUUCGUUAUUUACCUUCAAUCUACAAUGCAUGAAAAUUCCCCUUAUUGAAAAAAAUCCUGUGUAUGAAAUGUUUCAUACAUAUAUUAGAGAGAGGUUUGUCAUGUACAUGAAUAGCUAAGAUAAGAUCUAUUAAUUGUCUCAAUAUGAAUCUAACAUUAGCAGCUAGUUAGCUUAGGAAGAUCAGCAGCAAAAACAAGCACACUGAAGUGAUUAUACCCUAGGUCUGACCCUAUAAAAUCCACCUUCCGGCAUUUAUUUUGAUUAAAAGUUACAAAUUUAGAAAAAUUACUUUUUAAAUAAGACAAAAGCAGAUAUAGUAGUAUAACAUAGCUAACAGCUGCUACGAUUAGUUAAGGGUUAAUUAGAAUAAGCAAUGAAAAAUAGCUAGGCUAAACAGAAAAAGCAUUGCUUUUAAUGGUUUAAUGUUUAGAAAACAUAGCUAUUUAUCAUAGCAAAGAUUAUUCGAUUAUCAGAUCAAACCACCCUGCCUAACUGGUUAGCUGUGUCCAAUGAAGCAUAACAUUCAGUAAAAUGUAAUUGUUUUACUAAAGAAUUAGCUAGAUGAGAUGGGGUAACUUCAUUCUUGGUUCUCUUUGAUAAUGAUGUGCUAGUUUUAGGUGCUCAUCCUGCUAAGCUAAUGUAACUGUCUGCUUGUUAGUUUCAUAUUUAACAGGAAUUUACAAGUUAGUAUGGCUUAACAGAUGUCUUUAGCUUGUAUAAAAAUAUGGGAAGUACUAGAAGUUUUAUUGCCAGUAACAGUCUCCAGUCUUCAUGCCAAGCUUAACUGAGCCAUGUUAACCUUUCUAAGUGGUAGCAUCCUACUUACAGGUAUAAAACCAUUUACCAUUUUUAGAAAAUUAACAGCUGAUUAAUCAAUAAGGUUAAAUGCCAAAUUUCACUAAACCAAGUCUGAGUUUAAAAUAAGCAUGGAUGAGAAGGUAGCCUAACUUUACCUGAUUUUUUUUUAAAUGUUAACCACCGUGUGAUAGAGUAACGCUAUUACCAGUUACUCCUAAGGACACCCCAACAUCCCAUGAAGUUAUGUUUCCCCAUCUUGUCUGAGCAAAAUAAAGAUUUGGGUUUGCAGAACUUUUGGGGGCUUUCUCUGUUGUAGGAACAAAAUUAAAAAAAUACACCGUUUAGGUUUCUUGCACCAAGUCAUCAGUAGGGAGCCCACAAAUGAGCAAAAUUAUUUAAUUAUUUUUUUUUCUUAUAAAAGCAUUAUCAGGGAGAGUUUGAAAAUGAAGCAUUUUAAUCUGGAACAGAGUGGCAGCAGCCAUUUCAAAGAUACUUUACAAAUACCAAAGAACCGAUAAGCGGAGGGCCAUAGUGCAGAGUUCCCUCCUGUAGCAACAGAAGCCAAACAUAGAGCUGCAGGUGACCGGUGUCUGUAUGAAUAUCUAACUACAAGACCACCUCUUCCCCAAGCUUUUAAAUGUUAGGAACAGUCUGCAAAGACUUUGGGCCAUGCCAGCAUGCAGGCCUGACCACUUCUUUAAGCCGUCAGUGGCCUUGGUGCUUCAUUUU